CAGGCAACCGCGCGCUCGGCGCUCGCACUAAGGGAGAGAGCUGUGUAUAGCGUACGGAGCGGAGUUUCGUCGGGAGACGACGUCUUGCAUCACCCAAGCUAAUAUCACAUCCCGCCUUUCGCACUCUUUUAUUGAAAGCGAGGACCACAUCUGCUCACAAUGUUGCUGUGAUAAUACGAGAAGCUUUUUUCGCUGCUUUUUCAGAUAUACAUAGAUCUAGUUAUUUUAAAACAAUAUUUUAGAGGUGUUAGAAUAAGGAUCUACUAAAAAUCUAGACGAUCGAAAUCGCGAGCGGCAGUAUAGGUUUCGCUGUGGUGAUUUUGCUGUGCCUAUCACUGGGCUGGUGGGUAACAGCUGAAACGUCAACAAGAGCUCAGGACAACCACUAGGAUACCACGUGUCAGAGUAGUCCUUCUCGUCAGUGUUUGUUGGUGUGUGUUCGUGCGUGUGUGGCCACUGAGCUAAUUUUAGCCGGCUGGCCGGCGGUGAUAACUUUUCCAGUUUCCAGUCAGUGUGUGUGCGUGUACUUCGUACGUGGCUGUCUUUGGAGGAUCGGUGGAAUCUCAUUAUGGCAUUAGCUGGAGACGAGAAAGACGAGAACAAUGAAGGUGCUGAAGGCCCAGAGAUUGAAGCCACACCCCUGUUGGCGUCCUCACGUCUCGGCCUGGCUAUCAUUGGCUUUUUGGGCUUCAUCAACGUGUACGCCGUUCGUGUGAACCUGAGCGUGGCUAUCGUGUGUAUGGUCAACCAGACGGCCAUCCGUUCCUUGACCGCCGGUGACAAUGGCACAGACUCGGGCAGUGAUGAAUGUGCUGCCGUUUCCUCGGACAAUGGCACGUCGUCAGACUUGGCUGAAAUGGGCUCUCUGGAAUGGGACAAGACUACUCAAGGCACCAUCUUAGGCUCAUUUUUCUGGGGCUACCUCUUCGGCCAAGUCCCGGCUGGCUGGUUCGCCACUAAGUUUGGAGGCAAGUGGGUUUACGGCAUUACCAUGUUGAUCGCCGCUGUAGCGACGGUGUUUACCCCACUCCUGGCUGAGGCUCAUUACAUUGCCCUCAUCAUUGUGCGUGUCAUUCUGGGAGCUGUUACGGAGCACAAGUAGGAAUCGUGAUUGGAUUUCCUCUGUCAGGGUUUUUGUGCAAAUAUGGCUUUGCUGGAGGUUGGCCUUCUAUAUUCUAUGUCACAGGUGCCUUCAGUCUUAUAUGGGCUGUUGCUUGGAUCCUGCUAGUAAGUGAUAGCCCCUCUACACAUAAAAGGAUAUCAGAUGCAGAGAGGGAGUACAUUUUGUCAUCUUUGCAGAGCGGGUCUGUGACGGAAAAUAAACGGGACAUCCGUGUCCCAUGGCUGAAAAUCAUGACUUCACUACCUGUCUAUGCAAUCAUUAUUGCUAACGUUGCUUCCGACUGGGGAGCCUACACUUUGCUCACCAACAUCCCAACGUAUAUUAGUGAAGUGCUCAAGUUUGAUAUUGCAGCUAAUGGCCUGGUCUCUGCUCUGCCUUACAUAGCAUUUUGGAUUGUAAUCAAUUUGGGAGGAUGGGUUGCAGAUUUUGUGAGAGACCGCAAACUUCUUACAACUGGUGUCACAAGAAAAGCGUUCAAUGCAUUCGGCAAAAUUCUUCCAGCUAUUAUGUUGAUCAGUUUAGGCUAUGUGGACUGUUCUCAACCAACGGUAGCCAUUGCCUUGCUGGUCUUAGCUGUGUCUCUCACGGGUACACAGUACAGUGGCUUCCUGGUCAACCACGUAGACAUCGCUCCAGCCUUUGCUGGUAUUCUCUUUGGUAUCAGCAACUCCAUCGCUGCUGUCACAGGAUUUAUCUCCCCUGUAAUAGUUGGGGUCAUCACAGAAGAGCGCCAGACAAGGGCUGAAUGGCAAAUAGUCUUCUAUGUUGCUGCUGCAAUUUAUAUAUUUGGAGCUGUUUUCUACAUAAUUUUUGCCUCUGGGGAGCUUCAGCCCUGGGCAAGAGUGGAGACCUCAGGGACUACUAGAGCAGCGAACCAUGAGCUAGCAGUGAACUCAGAAGGGGAAAACCUGAAAAUGUUACAGGAGGGAGAGGCUACCAAAGUGUAGACCUACUGUAUGUUUGAAAAUCCUAGUUUACAAAAAAUGUUAUUAUUUUAUGCUGUGUGUGUCAAGGUUCAUUUCCUGUAACAUUGUUGCUUUAUGAUUAUUUUCUCCCCUCAGUACUUUAUUUAUCUAAUUUUGCGCAAAAUUUCUUGUUUUUUGACAUUAUCAAUGUUGUAAUAAGACCUUAGACAAAGUAUGCUUGUAUAUUUUAUGAAUUCUUCUAAUCUACAGAUGUGAAAUAUGUGUGUGUGUUUGUGAAAUAUUUAUGAAGCAACCAAGAUCUCUUAGUUAUUGAAGUUAACUGUUUUGUUCCUCUUUCUCAUCACACCUUUAUGUGUUCUGCGGGCAAACUUUUGCAUAGCUAGCCAUUUUGACUACUGUGCUUCUAAUUCACUGAACACACAAGCAAAAAACAUAGAAGAGUAAAUUCUUUUGUUUCUUUUGGUUUCAACACCCUUGCUAUUUACACAGAACUAAAUGUACUGCUUUAGAAUGUUUGUGUUUGUCAUUCUUAAUAUUAGGCUUACUCCCAAGACAUUUUUCCAACGAUUUGGAUGUAAACUAUUAUUAUUUUUAUGCCGCCAACGCUGAGUUGUAAGAAGUUGGAAAAUGUCACAGCUGGGCCACCUCUGAGACCAUUUUUAUAUUCAAGGACCUGCAGAUUCUUAUCAGACCUCAUUAUAUUUAUAUAAUGAUCUAGAAUGAAAAAUGUGAUGCAGAUUUCUUAUUAAGUCAUGCAUGCUGAUCUGGAUUCCUCAAAGCAGCUUUUCUGCUUAGUUUAUUUACUUACCAAUUGUGUUUUAUUUCUGUUAAUAGAAUAACAUUGAUAUCUUUUUGCAGUCAUGUAUUCGACUCACAUCUUUUUUUAAUCUGAGGAAAAGGUCAUUUUAAGACUAGCUUUCAGUUCCUUACUCAAGAAAAAAAGUGUUCAUUGAAUUAAGAAAAGUUUAUUUCUAUGACGUUCUACUUAUAAUGGGAAUGAUACUCCUGUGACUUUUCAUUUUGUGGAAUGUUUGCAGAAUUAUUCCUCGUUUUAUCUCAUUGAUGUGAAGAAAAAUGAGCGUCUCAAAUAUAUAGUACUUACCAUGUAAAGGAAGGUUAAAUGAAGUUACAGGUACAACUUCAAAACUUAAUUAACCCUUUUUUCUGUAUUGGUUUCUGUGCCUUAUGAUUUUGUCACCCUUGUCGCAAUUGUGUUUUUGUAUUUUAUUGUAUAAAUGAAUGUAAUCUGAAAAUUGGAAGGGCAUUGAGCAAACCGUUCUGUGAACAAAUAGCAUAUUAACAUCUUCAUGCGUAAGGUGGGACUUGAUUUAAUGAACUAUUUAUGCUAUUGUAAACAUCUGUGAAAUGCAGUGAUGAACAGAAAGGAAAAAGAAGUGGAUGGGAGGAGAGUGAGGUUGGCUAGAGUAGUCGUCAUUUGGAGUAUUCUAUAAUAUUUAUCCAUCUCACUGUAUGGUGCCUAAGAAAAACUUAGACUCGCUGCAAUGAUGAUAACACUGAUUGUUCAUAUGUAAUUUGUCAUUGCUGAAGUUUUACACCACCAUCAACACUAUUUAUAGAUCAUUUAGGAGGCAGGCUGCUUUGACCUUGCCUGUCAAGGCCAACCUAGGCUGAGAAGCAUACAAUGUUCCAUCAUACAUAAAGAUUUUAAAAAUUGUCUCCCCCAACCAGAAUCGAACUCAUGUCUUCUGCAUGAGAUGGCAAAGCGCUUAACUGCUGCAGCACAGAUGCUGGUAUGAUUAUUCACCAGAGACUGGGCCAGUCAAAAUUUAUUAAGAAGCAGAAAACUUCUCUCACACCAGAAGAUAUUUAGACACUUGUCCCAAGUAUGGUGUUGGUAUUCGAUACUGUCUCAUAAAAGAUGAUGGGGAAUACAUUCCUACCUCUGCCCAGUCUCCGGCAUGCUUCAUGUUUCAUAUGACUAGCUGGUUUCACUUGAUGGCAGGAAAAGCAUAUGUGAUGCACCGUGGUGAAUUCAGCCGCUCGUCAAAAUAAAAAAGUUGAAGAGAUCAACACUUUCCUGCCCAUUUAGUGAUUUUUAUUAAAAAUUUUUGGUUGGGCUCAUCACUUUAAUGUCCACUUAAAAACACAUUUCUGUGUGGAUUUUACUGGAAAAAGAUUGAUAAAAGGCACAAAAAACGUAAAUGCUCAAUUUUCAAGGACUUUCAAGCUAUGGAAGUCACCAAACUUUGGUAGCCAUUUUCUGGCGAAUUUUUCCUCUGAAACCAGACAACUCCCACCUCAAUCACUCAGUCACAAAUAUCUCGACUUCUAUUCAAGAUAGAUGGGUAACUUCUCAUUGAAAGCGAGACAAAGGAACUAAUUUUAAGAAAAAUCAUUAAAUAUACCAAUACCUUCCCAUGCCUGGAAUUGAGGAGCGCCUUAUUCCAGUGCGUUGUGAUACAUGCUUAUCUACAGCAUGUCAAGUUAUGUUUUCAUCGAAAAAUAUAGAGGGGUGCUCUCUGUAGUCUGUUUGUUUGUCUGUAAUGCUUGGGAAAUGCUUUGCCUUAGAAUUCUUUUAGAACAUGCAGUGAGUAAACAUGCUUGAGAGAGUUGUAUAGUUUGCAGAAGCACAUUUAGGUUUUGUUGGAUUUUAUAAUGAAAUCUUGUCUCCUUAAAGUUAUUUAAGACAUUAGAGCUUGAUAUCAUGUCCCCAGUUUUGAAUCUGUAUAGAAGGGUAAGUAAAUCCUGAUCAGUCAUGACACUUAUUGGGAUAGCUUGUGGUUUUGAGAGAAGGGUUGUGCUUCCUAUGGUAUACAUUAGGCUUUAGCUGUUGAACUUGUGAAAAGGAGAGGGUGGAGGAUUCUCACUGGGGAAAAAGAUCUCAAACUGCAAAGACCACAAAAAUGUCUCUCAAAAUGGGAGUAGAAACCAGUUGUUUAUCAUAUUUAUUUUAUUUAAUUCAAAGUCAAAGAAUCUGUUUUAAUUCUGGAGCAUGGAAUGUCCAAAGUUCCUGUUUCAACAUCUGUCUCAAAAAGCAGAGUAGUUAAUUGUGUAUAUAUGAUUUGAAGCACCAACACUAUUUAUGUGCUGUGAAGAUCUCAGUUUAAGAGUGCUGUCCUUGUUUACAGAUAACGUUUCCUUAGACAACAGUUAAUCUUUUGCAGUUAAUGCAAUGUCAGUCGUCAUCUGAAAACACAUUCUUCAUUCCUUUCUUUUUUUCAUUUUCUAAAAAAAGGUUUUAUUUUCAAUUUCUUUUUAAUACCAGUACAUAUGUACUGAUAUUUAAAUAAUUUCUUUACAAAAAUAUGCUUGACCUUUCCUUUUAAUAUCAAUUUUCAUUCUCAUAUAUCUCUUAAUUGUUACAUGAUAUUUUUAGUGUAGCCUGACAAGAUAUGAAAAGAAUGCUGUGUUUUAUUUACCUGGAACCACCCUCUCUUAAGCUUUAUAUAACUGAUGUCCUUACCAAUGUAUUGAUAUUAGUGGUGAUGGUAUAGUCAUAGCCUAACUAGUGGUUAAAAUGUAAACAAGUUGCUCACCUUUCCAUCACCGCAAACACUUUUCUGUGGCAUUAUGCAUGAUAAACUCAACAGACUUUAGUGUAAUAGGCAUUAUUAUUUGCCAUGCUACUUGGCUGCCUCUCAACAUUUGCAGCUUUUGGAUGUAAAUAUGUACAGGUCUACAACUUUUUGUUUUGAAAUUAAAAAAAAUUAACCAAAAAAGUC